UUGCUCUCAGAAUUCUUGAGAGUGAGAGAUUAGUGGCCCUCAGAGCCUUCCCUUCCAGACAUCUCUGUGGUACCUAGUGACAAUUCUAAAAUCACCUAUUUUCCCCACCCUCGCUGGGAUCUUUCCAGGCUCCCCUAGACAUCCGUUUCCUGCUCCUCUUCCAGUCCCUUAGUCCCUUUAGUGCUUCUCGAGAUGUCCCUCAGGUCCCCAUCCUCAAGCCCUCUAAAUAACCCUCCCCAUCCCUGCCUGUGUGUAUAGUUCCUCCUCCUGGUUCCAGCUUCUUUAGACCACCGGUUUCCUUGUGCGAGCGGCCCAAGGCCUCUCCAAGCUCCCACCAUUCUGGAGGCAGCCACAUUCUCCUGAAAGGUCCUACUGCCUGUGCGCGGAAGGGGUGCCAGCCAGGCCAACGGGAUGGCAGCAGGUGUGGCCACGUGGCUGCCCUUUGCACGGGCGGCCGCCGUUGGCUGGCUGCCCCUAGCUCAGCAGCCCCUGCCGCCUGCUCCGGGGGUGAAGGCUACCCGUGGGGAUGAGGUUCUGGUGGUGAAUGUCAGCGGCCGGCGCUUUGAGACCUGGAAGAACACCCUAGACCGGUACCCCGAUACGCUGCUGGGCAGCUCUGAGAAGGAAUUCUUCUAUGACGCCGAUUUGGGCGAGUACUUCUUUGACCGUGACCCUGACAUGUUCCGUCACGUCCUCAAUUUCUACCGCACGGGCCUCCUGCACUGCCCGCGGCAGGAGUGUAUCCAGGCCUUCGACGAGGAGCUGGCUUUCUACGGCCUGGUCCCCGAGUUCAUCGGUGACUGCUGCCUGGAAGAGUACCGGGACCGGAAGAAGGAGAAUGCCGAACACCUGGCAGAAGAUGAGGAGACCGAGCAGACCAACGACGGGCCAGCGCUGCCCGCAGGCAGCACCCUCCGCCAGCGACUCUGGCGAGCCUUUGAGAACCCUCACACGAGCACUGCAGCCCUGGUCUUCUACUAUGUGACUGGCUUCUUCAUCGCCGUGUCUGUCAUUGCCAAUGUGGUGGAGACCAUCCCAUGCAGAGGGCCCACGCCGCUGCCCUCUGGGGAGCAGCCCUGCGGAGAUCGCUUCCCCUUGGCCUUUUUUUGCAUGGACACAGCCUGUGUGCUUAUAUUCACCGGCGAAUACCUCCUGCGGCUCUUUGCUGCCCCUAGUCGCUGCCGCUUCCUGCGUAGUGUCAUGAGCCUCAUUGAUGUGGUCGCUAUCUUGCCCUACUACAUCAGCCUCUUUGUGCCCAAGAAAGACGAUGUUUCAGGUGCCUUUGUCACUCUGCGAGUGUUCCGGGUGUUCCGCAUCUUCAAAUUCUCCAGGCACUCACAGGGCUUGCGGAUCCUGGGCUACACACUCAAGAGCUGUGCCUCUGAGCUGGGCUUUCUCCUCUUUUCCCUUACCAUGGCCAUCAUCAUCUUCGCCACAGUCAUGUUUUAUGCAGAGAAGGGCACAGCAAAGACCAACUUCACUAGCAUCCCUGCGGCCUUCUGGUAUACCAUAGUGACCAUGACCACCCUUGGCUAUGGAGACAUGGUACCCAGCACCAUUGCUGGAAAGAUUUUUGGAUCCAUCUGUUCACUCAGUGGUGUUCUGGUCAUUGCCCUGCCAGUGCCAGUCAUUGUAUCCAACUUUAGCCGCAUCUACCAUCAGAACCAGCGUGCAGACAAGCGCCGAGCCCAGCAGAAAGUGCGCCUGGCAAGGAUCCGCUUGGCAAAGAGUGGUACCACCAAUGCCUUCCUGCAGUACAAGCAGAAUGGGGGCCUUGAGGGCAGUGGUAGCAGGGACGAGCAAGUAUUGUUCUUUAGAAAUCGUUCUGCCUUUGAGCACCAACAUCACCACCUGCUUCACUGUCUGGAGAAGACAACGUGCCACGAGUUUGCAGAUGAGUUAACCUAUAGUGAGACCUUGGGCACUAUGUCACUGGGUGGCCGCACUAGCCGCAGCACCUCUGUGUCUUCUCAGCCCAUGGGGCCUGGCAGCCUGCUUGCCUAUUGCUGCCCCCGUAGGGCCAGACGCCGUGCCAUCCGCCUUGCCAACUCCACCGCCUCAGUCAGUCGUGGCAGUAUGCAGGAGCUGGACACAAUGGCAGGGCUGCAGAGAAGCCCUGUGCCUCAGAGCCGUUCAAGCCUCAAUGCUAAACUCCAUGACUGUCUUGAUCUGAACUGCGACAACCGGGACUUUGUGGCCGCUAUCAUCAGUAUCCCGACCCCUCCUGCCAACACUCUGGAGGAGAACCAGCCUUCCUCCCCUGGAGCUGGAGGCAGGGCCAGGAGCACCCUCAGGAGCUCCAGCUUGGAUACCCCUUGCCUUCUGAAUGAGACUGUUAAAAUCUCUUCCCUGUAAGGGGCAAACCAACCUCCCAGAGGGCUUUCUUCUUUCUGUUCUGAGAGACUCCUUUCCAAAGCCAUAUUUUGGGGGAGGCAAAGAGAGGCAGGGUGGGACCCCUUCUACUCCCCCAUACAAUGGAGUUUUAUCAGAGGAGGUGGUCAUCUAAUGGGGAAGUUUCUGGGUGAGAGAAACUUCUCCCAGCCUCAAUGACCAGAUAUGCACUCAAGGACUGGGCUUUCUCUGUACUCUAGCCUCCUGGCUUAGCAGAUUGGCUCUGGCCCCUCUUCUUUGGCUGGUAUCCUGCAUGUUCCUCCCUGUGGGUUGUGGAGGCUUAGGGGUGCAGAGAACUGACAACUCUGACCUGGCCUUUGGAGAGGUUCCCACCCUCCACCAGGCCUUACAUUUCCCAGAUUCCAAAGCUUGGAUUGCAACCCCGAAUUCCAUGGGCCGUGGAUCUCAGCAGUAACCUGCCACCUCCAACCUGAACUGAGGUAUCAGGCUGUCUUUCCCAACACAUACAAUAGCACAACAACCACCUCAUUCCCUUGCUGCUGAAAAUGGGUUCCUUGAAUCCCAACCUCUUUCUGGGCUCUUAGCAAACUCUAGCAAUAGCAGCUGCUGCCAUGACAUUAUUCAAAGCCUUUGCCCAGUUUGCUAUGGUCUUUAUAUCUGCCCUAAUCAGAGGCACCAUGUCUUACUCUUAUCCCCUCCCAGUUUUGCUUCAUGGCUGGGUUGGGCCAGAGUCUGGACUUACUGUGAUAAGAACCUGGCAAGCUAGGUAUUAGGUACUAGCUAGGUACUAUUACUAGGUAGACUGUAUUUGGAAAUCAGAGGCUUAUGCCAUAUUGUUAGGCAGGAGUUAAGAAGUGUCAAAGGCUAAGGGCUUAGCUUGUUCUUGAAUCCAAGGAGUUGGAAGGGGCAGGACAAACUUACUGGUCACCUCCCUCUCCCCCAUCAGUCCUAUUCACAUCUUUCUUCUCUCCCUCUUGGGUCACCUUCCAGAGCCCUAUGUCUGUACUCAAGCUGAAAUAAAGCAUCAUCUCAGGUUUCCUGUCCUCUGAACUACCCUCCCCCCCAGCUGGUGGCUGAUAAAGCUCUAAUUUACAUCUGUCAAUAAAACUGAGUGGAGAGAUGA